GAGCUUCAAAAACAGCAAAACGAAUGCGUUUCACUGGCCAAUACUACCGGUCCCUGAUAUCAGCUGCCCACCAUUGCUUCUUUCCUCUGACUCACAUUUCCAACUUCUCAAAACCUCUCCUUCUCGUUCCUUUUUCACCAGGACUCACUGCUCGUUUUCUGCACCGCCAACAAACCCAAUCCUUUUCCAUGGCUUCCGAUAACCUCGCAGCCUUGUCGGCCGACGACGAGCAGUACGGCUUCCGCCGUCCUGAGAUGUACCAGAGCAACCUCGCCGGUACUGUCGAUCCCUACGACCGCCACGUGUUUCUCCGUUACAAGAGCCCCGAGUCUUGGGCUUCGCGUGUUGAGGCCUCAGAUUCCGAUCCGCUUCCGAAACUCCUCGCUUCGGCUCUCAAAGCUCGGAAGAACGAUACCACCGUCAAGACGAAGCUGACAGUAUGCGAGGGAAGCGAUGAGACUGAUGGAGACGUGCUGAUUUUCCCCGAAAUGAUCAAAUGCAGGGGUUUGAAGGACUCAGAUGUGGAUGGCUUUGUUGAGGAUGUCCUUGUGAAUGGUAAGCCAUGGACUUCUGGAGUGCAGGAAGUGUUAAGUGGCUCAUACAUAUUUGUGUGUGCCCAUGGAAGUCGCGAUCGAAGAUGCGGUGUAUGCGGUCCAGUUCUCAUUGAAAAGCUCAAUGAGGAGAUUGGGUUUCGUGGAUUGAAUGAUCAGAUUUUUGUAAGUGCCUGCUCUCAUGUUGGUGGACAUAAAUAUGCUGGGAACUUGAUUAUCUUUAGUCCACGUCCAGACGGGAGUAUAACUGGCCACUGGUAUGGUUAUGUCACUCCUGAGGAUGUGCCUGAAUUGCUUGAUCAGCAUAUUGGGAAGGGAGAAAUUAUAGAACGCCUUUGGAGGGGGCAAUUGGGGAAAUCCUCUGAGGAAAGUGAUAAAGCUAAUGACCAGAAGCUUCCUAAUGGAGAGGAAAUUAAAAGCAAGGAGAAUCAUAAAGAUGGUGGCAUUCAGAACAAUAAGGAGAAUUUUGCGGGCUGUUGCCAGGGUGCUAAUGGGUUUACUUGUUGCAGAGAUGGAAGUUCGGAGGAGAGCAGCAAAAGUGAAGAAAAGAAGCUGAAAGACAAUGUGGAAGCGUCUGGCAAAGAAGGGCCACUGUGCAAACUUUCUGCCUGGGUAGGUACAUGGGAACAAACUGAUGUCCUUGCUGCUGCUGCUGUGGUUGGAGCUGUAGCUACAGUGGCUGUGGCUUAUAGCUAUUAUAGGAGAUCAGGCUGAACUUUAGUUGUGGUCUAUAGCUAUUAUAUAGGAGAUCAAGCUGAACUAUACUUUAUAAUCCAUAUGUUCCAGUUUGCUCGUGGGUGUGUUUACCCUGGUUUUUUGUAGGGAGAUGCAAUAAUAUAAAUAAGAUCGUACUCUGUACCAGACUGCUGUUGACAGAUAUAAGUAAUUCUAGCAGGAUGACGCAUGGUAAUCAGAACUUUAGCCAUGUUAAAAGAUUGUUGUUUCGAUACACUGGGUGGAUUAUUUUGUCAAAUACUAGAAAUCUAAGUUGAAUAUUUCUUUA